AUGACCAUAGUAGAUCCAUCUGUUAUACUACUUCAGAACUACAAAUAUUGGUCAUUGGAUGACCUUUCGGAUGGACUAGACCAGCUUCUUAAAGAAGUGGAUGGAGACUUAGUGGAUUUAGUUAAUAGCAAUUAUCUCAGAUUUAUUGAUCUGGGUAAAUCACUGGAUGGUUCUCUUGAUAUGACACACGAUAUUAAAAUAGAUGUGGCCAAUUAUAUUCGUCGAGUGAAAGGAGCCAAUAGACAAAUUGAUAUUGACUCUAAAGAUAUUGUUGAGGCUGUUAAAUAUAAGAGACGAUUGUGCAUAUUGAAGAGAGUAACCAAUAUCGCUUUGUUAGUGGACGAGCAAAUGGAGACAUUUAUUAGGAUAAAUAAGAGAGAUGAAGAUGAUCAACUACCUUUAAACCAUCUCACAGCACUCUAUUUUAGUAUUAACAAACAAUAUGCGGAGAUAUUAAAGAUGAUCAAUACAGGAGAAUUGAUUACUACAUUAAGUAGGAAGAUGAGUUCGUUACAGAUGGAAUUUAGGAGUUUAGUUGGUGAUGAAUUAAAGAUUGAAAGAGAGAAGGAUGAUAAGGAAAGAAUGUUUGAGUUAAUUAAGUUGAAUGAAGUGAUUAGAGAGGAGUGA